AUGAUGGCAUUAGUUUCGACACAUCAGUUGAAGGAUUCUUGUAGCAUUUUUCUCUCUGUCCCUUCAUCACGGAGCAGAGAGAGUAAGGUUAAUCAAUGUUUGCCGGCAUUUCUUACAGUCGGGAGAAAAGAUAGAUUAAUCUCUUUGAGACGCAGACCUUGUUUGAGUGUAGGCACUUCUCUUGCUCAUGGACAAAAGCCAAAAUUAUUUAAAAUAACUGCUUUCAAAGGCAGCAGUCAACGCGAUGAUUCUGGUGGCAAGGCUAAUGGCUCGAAGUCAUUACAUAAUCACGUCAAAGUUGUUUCUUAUUUGCAACAUGAGAGUGAAGAGCCCUCUGUGGACUCUUCAAAGGUACAGGAUAUUGUAGCUGCUCCUUAUACAGAAUCGGAUGACACUACAAAUAGGUCAAUGGCUAUACAAAAUUUAUUUAUGAAGUGGCUGAUGUUAAUUCGUACACCGUCACAAACACGAGAAUUCGAUGGAGCUCUGGGAGAACCUUCUCUGGUGAAAACAUCAGAAAUGCCAAACACUCCGCAAAAGCAAGAAAAAGCUGAUAUUUUUAAGGCGGCAUUGUGCUACUUCUGGGGGUUAGAUGCAACAAUAAAGAUACCCUUGCUAAUUUUCACCCCUUUGUACAUUGCAGUCAACAUUAUGUACGGAUCUGAGAUAUCAAAAGAUUUAACCCGCCUUUGGAUUAUGGGACCGCUGAUUACUGCUCUUUACGUGAAGAUUGUCAGCGCAAUAUGUGGGUAUUAUGUGUUUGCAAUCAAGCAGACGUUCAAAACAGUGAUGAAAAUACCCGUUUACGCUUCGCUCGUGCACGAGUACAUUUUUAAGGGGAAACUUAAAGAAGCAAUGCUGAUAUACAUAUGGGGCCAGCCUUUGGAAGUUAUAAAUAACACGGACAGGAACGUGUUAGUCGAGAAAAGAAUUGAGGAAUUUCGAGAAUGGUCGCACGAGAGUUACCUCGAUUUUCGCGAGUAUAUGUGGCCCUAUUACAGAGGACUGCUCAGGCUUCUGAGGAAGAUUCAUCUUCUAUAG